AUGGUACAACUGUCAUACGAGGGAAGCAGAGAAGUAGUAGUUGCGCCGGACAGGAGGUGUUUGGUAGCUGGAGUUGAUGAAAUUGAAGGGAAGGGGAGGAGGGUUGCCAUCGAUGGUGAAGGUCACUGGUUUUUCUUCUUCUUUGGCCAGAGUGGGAGUCUUGCAGUGAUGCGUCGAAUUUCAAUCCUGACUCAUGGGAGUUGGAAUUAUAUAGAAAGAUGGGGUUAUCCAGAAUUAUCAUACAAUGAGGUCACUUGUGAAGGCCUGGGAGGUGUGGGGUCAUUUGACACAACAUGUCUGCUGAACUCAGAUGUUACUUUAAGUUGUGAUGUUUAUAUAUUGGCUAGUGGAAAUAUCGAGAUCCUUCCACAUGUUAUGAUUGUUUGUCCCAUAGAAGCUAAUAUGAGCAUGGAGUCUAAUUCAAUGAUAAACACGACGGCUAUGGGUGGAGCACCACCUUCUCAGACUAGUGGGACUCCGGUAGGGUAUGAUGGUGCUGGUGGAGGGCAUGGUGGGCGAGGGGCUUCUUGUUUAAGGAACAAUGAAACAAAGUAUUGGGGUGGUGAUGUUUAUGCUUGGUCUACGUUGCCUUAUCCAUGGAGUUAUGGGAGUAAGGGUGGUGGGACAUCAGAUGAGCAUAAGCAUGGAGGGAAUGGUGGUGGACGUGUUAAGCUUAUUGUGAAGGAUCUUUUGUAUAUGAAUGGAUCUCUACUAGCCGAAGGAGGUUAUGGAGGAGUAAAUGGUGGAGGUGGAUCUGGUGGAAGCAUUGUCAUACGUGCUCUAAAACUGAAGGGAUUUGGUAUUGUAAGUGCAUCUGGCGGAAGUGGGUGGGGUGGUGGAGGAGGAGGACGAAUUUCUCUUGACUGUCACAGCAAGCAAGAAGACAUAAAAGUUGAAGUCCAUGGUGGUAAGAGCAUCGGAUGUCCAAUGAAUGGUGGAGCAGCGGGUACAUGCUUUGAUGCAUAUCUACUGAGCUUAAGAGUUGACAAUGACAACGUCACUACAGAAACGGAAACUCCUUUACUUGAUUUCUCCACUGCCCCACUUUGGACCAAUGUUUACAUUGAAAAUGAUGCAAAAGUUUUGGUGCCCCUUCGUUGGAGCAGAGUCCAGGUUAGAGGCCAAAUCAAACUAGAGUGUGGUGGCAGCAUCAUCUUUGGGUUGUCUGACUAUCCAGUGUCUGAGUUUGAGCUUGUUGCUGAAGAACUUCUUAUGAGUGAUUCCACCAUAAAGGUGUAUGGUGCACUGAGAGCUACAUUCAAAAUGGUGCUGAUGUGGAACGCCCAAAUUCAAGUUGAUGGUGGUGGAAGCACACUUUACACUAUUUCAGUCCUUGAAGUUCGUAACCUAAUUGUUCUGAGGGAAAACUCGAGCAUAAACUCAAAUACAAAUUUGGCUGUUUAUGGUCAAGGACUUCUGAGAUUGACUGGCCAGGGUGAUGCAAUCAGAGCACAAAGACUUUCCCUUUCGCUAUUCUAUAACAUAACAAUUGGGCCAGGUUCUUUGCUUGAAGCCCCAUUAGAAGAUGAUAACAGCAAAACCAUGGUAACCAAAGCCCAUUGUGAGAAUCCUUCAUGCCCAAGAGAUUUGAUUUACCCACCCGAUGAUUGUCAUGUUAAUGACACACUUUCCUUUUCACUACAAAUUUGCCGUGUUGAAGACAUAGUUGUGAACGGCAUAAUUAAGGGAAGUAUCAUUCAGAUCCAUAGGGCAAGGACUGUGAUGGUGGAUCUAGAUGGCAUGAUAACUGCUUCCGAAUUAGGUUGUCGAAAUGGUUUUGGUUUGGGAAACUAUUCAAAUGGAGCGGGUGGUGGUGCUGGGCAUGGUGGCAGAGGGGGUACUGGAUUGUAUCAUGGAAGGCUGAGUGAAGGUGGCACCACAUAUGGCAGACCGGAUCUUCCCUGUGAAUUGGGAAGCGGAACACUUGGUCCUAACGAGCCUGUUGGUCGUGUUGCUGGAGGAGGAAUGAUCGUGAUGGGAUCUAAACAAUGGCCUCUUUCAAAGCUUGACAUAUAUGGAUCCAUGAGGGCUGAUGGUGAAACCUAUGGGAACGCAACAACAAACAGUAAUGGUACUCUUAUUGGAGGAUUAGGUGGUGGUUCUGGCGGAACAAUUCUUCUUUUCAUACAGGCAAUUUCUCUCUUUGAUAACUCCUCUUUGUCUGUUGCCGGAGGCCAUGGUGUCCCUGUUGGUGGUGGUGGUGGAGGUGGCGGCAGAGUUCAUUUCCACUGGUCCAAAAUUGGCACAGGAGAUGACUAUGUUCCUCUUGCAAUCAUAAAUACUACUAUCAGCACCUGGGGUGGUGAAGGGGAUGGAGAGGCUCUUCCAGGGGAGGAUGGUACAAUAACUGGAAGGGACUGCCCUAAAGGGCUUUUUGGUACAUUCUGCGAGGAGUGUCCAGUUGGCACUUUUAAAGAUGUGGAAGGGUCCGAUGUUGAUCUUUGUACUCCUUGUUCCCUUGAAAAUCUUCCCAGACGUGCAUAUUUUGUACAUGUUCGAGGUGGAGUGUCGGAGUCCUUUUGUCCUUACAAAUGCAGAUCAGAAAAGUACAGGAUGCCAAACUGCUAUACACCUCUUGAAGAGCUGAUAUACACAUUUGGAGGACCCUGGCCUUUUGCUCUCGUGUUGUCAUGUGUUGUGGUUCUUCUUGGUUUGUUCUUAAGUACGCUUAGGGUCAAACUUGUUGGACAAGCUUGUGCAUACAGCAAAGUUGAUUCAAUGGAACACAGUAAUCACCACCAUUUUCCUUCUCUUCUCUCCCUAUCCCAGGUACGAGGAACAAGAGGCGAUGAAACUCAAAGCCAUGUGUACCGGAUGUACUUUAUGGGCCCCAAUACAUUUAGAGAACCCUGGCAUCUUCCUUACUCGCCUCCUGAUGCCAUCAUUGAUAUUGUGUAUGAGGAUUCGUUUAACAGAUUUAUUGAUGAGAUAAACUCAGUGGCUGCAUACGACUGGUGGGAAGGAUCAGUGCACAGUAUACUUUCAUUGCUUGCUUAUCCUUGUGGCUGGUCUUGGAAACAAUGGCGUAGAAGAUAUAAAAUCAAUCGGCUUCAGGAGUUUGUUAAAUCAGAAUAUGAUCAUUCUUGUCUUCGCUCCUGCCGAUCAAGAGCCUUAUACAAAGGGAUGAAGGUAGGUGCGACGCCAGAUCUAGUGGUGGCGUAUAUUGAUUUCUUCUUGGGUGGGGAUGAGAAGCGUUUAGACAUGGUGACAAGUAUCCAGAAAAGGUUCCCAAUGUCCAUAAUUUUUGGUGGAGCUGGAACCUACAUGUCGCCUUACAAUCUCCACAGCGAUACUUUGCUCACAAAUCUUAUAGGACAGCAUGUUCCCUCAAGCGUUUGGAAUCGGCUGGUAGCCGGUUUAAAUGGGCAAUUGAGAAGUGUGAGAAGUGGAUCGAUAAGGUCUGCUUUAGUUCCGGUUAUUAAUUGGAUAAAAACUCAUGGGAACCCUCAGCUUGAGUUUCAUGGGGUCAGAAUUGAGCUCGGAUGGUUUCAAGCCACUGCUACCGGUUUCUAUCAGUUGGGGAUUUUGGUAAUGGUUGGUGAUCACACCCUCCACCACCCUGAUUUCAUUGGAAAUAUUCAAGAAUCCCCCAGGCCUAUUGUGACUAAGCAGCUGCAACCCAGUCAGUCAUAUACGAGUCAUGUGUUGACUCGCAAAAGAGUUGCAGGCGGAGUUAAUGGUGGCAUCAUCAAUGAUAUUUCCUUGAAGUCUUUGGAAUUUACCCGCGAUUAUUUCUUUCCAUUUUCUUUAUUUCUGCACAACACAAGACCUACUGGACGCCAGGAUACCUUACAGUUAAUGAUAUGCGUGUUGCUUCUGUUGGACCUCUCUCUGACACUCUUUAUAUUGCUUGAAUUCUAUUGGAUAUCUCUCGGGGCAUUUCUAGCAGUUUUGCUUAUUCUCCCUCUAUCAUUGCUUUCACCUUUCCCUGCGGGUUUGAAUGCCUUGUUUAGUAAGGGUCAUAGAAGGGCUUCACUUGCUCGUAUAUAUGCACUAUGGAAUGCUACCUCUAUUUCAAAUAUUGCUGUGGCAUUCACAUGUGGCAUGAUUCAUUAUGGAUUUUUGUCAUUCCAGACCUAUCAAGAGCCAAAUGCAUGGAAAAACAGGAGUGAGGACGAUGACUGGUGGUUGUUGCCAAUGCUGCUGAUGGUGUUGAAGGUGAUUCAAGCGCGGUUUUUAUCUUAUACUGCAGUUUGUUUUCAAAUGUUCUACAUUAAUUACUAGAGGGGUGUAUCCUCUCGGGUUGUUCCACGUACCGCUGCUUCUCACCUACUUCCACUUCUGCUAGUCACGCCUUCUAAGAAUCAUCAAUAAGAGUUUCGUAAACAGGAUGUGUGAUAUAUUGUGAAUCCUUUGUAACUCUUUCGGUAACUCUAAUGUGUAAGCUACCGACCCAACUCUUUUAGGACCCGAUGCAUCUUGUAAUUAAUUGCACUCGGUUACAUAAACAAAUUAUGCCUUUUCAAUGGAAAACUCAUGAGCAUCACCGUAUCAUCUAUGUUGAUUUCUAGUAGUUUUUGUUAUCUAACGACAUACCGC